AUGUUGAAUGAUACUGUGGAAAGAGUGAGGUGGAAACGGUUAAUUUGCAAUAAUUAUGCAACUCCAAAAAGUAAAUUUAUCCUAUGGAUGGUGCUGCAUAAUAGGCUCCCUACAGUGGAUAGGAUUAGGAGAUGGGGUGUUAACUGUGAAGCUAGAUGCAGUUUGUGCAGAAAUGAAGAAGAGACUAUACAACACCUUUUCUUCUCAUGUGCUUAUGCUGCUGGUAUUUGGAGGGACAUAUGCAGGCUGAUGAAUUUUACAGACGCAGGAGGGAUCUACCAAGAUGUUAUAUCAAGUGUGUGUUCCCAGGCAAGAAAGAAAAAGGGGAAGUUAUUUGUGAUGUUCUUUACUGAAUGUGUGUAUGCCAUAUGGCGCCAGAGGAACAACAAAAUUUUCAAAGGGAACUAUAAAGAUGCAAAUGUAGUCCUUAGAGACAUUUUCUUUACAGUUGCUAAUAGAUCUAAUGAUGUAGAAAGGAGUAAGCUGUUGAUGUAA